GAAGAAGGAGGGAAAAGUGAAACAAGUAUAAUCUUUUUUUGCUCGCAUUUGAUUCUUAUUAACAGUAUUUUUGUGGUUUGGUCAACAUUAUUGUUGCCUUAAUAUUCAUUCACAACCGACAACAUGCAUUGGAUUAUACUGUUAACCAGUUUACCCUUUAUUUUGGUCAACUCACAAUCAGCUUCCAACGAACAAAGUUCAUUGGAAAUUUUGUGUCAACCAAUUUGUCUCAAUUCAAUGAAUUCCAGAUCAUCACCAGGUUUACCCAUUUCAUCGCAUCAAGAUCCACCCAGUGUAACAAGCAAUGACAAGCAAGAGGCAACAAUCAAAGAUAAACCAUUGGAAAAGCUAAUUGUUGUGACUGACAAUGGGAAAGAUGGAAAGUCAGGUGAGGCUAUUGAACGGAAAGAGAAUGGAUUAAAUGGUGAAGAGAAAAUGUUGAUUCGCAAAUCGAGUGAAUCUGCAUCUCGAGAGAAUCAGUGGAAUUCAAGUCGUUGGGCAAAGUUACCAAUUCGUCCACCUAAGCUUCGAUUUGGAUCUAAACCAGUUGCCACCAAGGCUAGGCGCAUUGCUUAUGGUUCAAUGGUUAAAACUCGAAGUUUGUCCAAAGAAGAUUCCAAUCUGAUUCCAAUUGCUUAUACAAACUCAUCUCAGACUACAAGCCAUGAUAUUUUGGAACUUUCAUCUUCAGAGAAGCGCACUUCUCGAAUGAGAAUUGGACGUCGACAUAAUCCUCAGGCAAAUGAUCAUUUUGAAAGUGAACCAGAUGAACUUGCAAAAUCUUCGUCUAUUGUAAGGAUUAGAAAUGACCUGAUACCAUCAUCUUCACCUUCAUUAUUCAGAUUCUCGACAAGUGGUGACACUCGAAGCAGUUCUUAUCGAAACAUACCCAAGCUAUUGUUGCCCAAAUUUUCUCGACCUGCAAUGUACAGUCUCAACGGUUUCAUACCCAAGCCCAACAUACAACGUUUAACCACUUCAACCAGUACAACUGUGAAACCUUCCUUAAUUAACCGGUUAAACCGUAAAGACUUUGCACGAAGUAACAAUUUGGACAAAAACAAUCAAAAAAAGCAUGAAACAAAGCAUCGUCAAAGUUUGGAAGAUUCAGAUAAUUUGAAGACCAGCGGAAGUGUCAAUCGGUUGUCUAAGCGGAGAGGUUAUUUGUCGACAUCCAAACAACGAUCCACUCUUCCCAAUGCAGAUUCGAAGUACAAACUGGCUAAUCGUAGAGGACAACCGGGUAAAGAUUAUCCCAUGAUCAACAGUAUACCUAAAACAUCAUUUGACUGCAAGGAUCACAUUGGUGGAAGUGGAUUCUAUGCUGAUCCAGAGACUGGUUGUCAAGUUUGGCACAUGUGUCAAGGUCAUCGAAAACAUUCUUUCCUUUGUCCAAAUGGAACAAUUUUUAACCAGAAAUCUGGUGUAUGUGACUGGUGGUAUAAUGUUGACUGUGUUGAGUCACCCUUGACGCUCUUGGGGACAAGUGAGACAACUUUUCGUACAAGCAGAUCAAAUUCAAUGAGCUUGUUUGACACUCUACUUAUGGAAAGAAGACUGGCCUACCAGUGAAGAACCUAAGCGACAAAAUUCCAAUCGAUUUGGCUUGGUCAAUAUUUCCUUGCAGUGCAAUCACCAAAAUGCUUUUAUCAAUUAUUAUGCAAAUUGUCGACUUUCGACAAAUUUCAGAGUUUUUGUAAUCCAUCACAAGAUGUUAAACUUUUCAAUCCAACUCAAAGUUUUUUUUUAUCAAAAUUUAUUGGAAUCCAGAACACUUUACAAUUUAGAUUAUCAGAGUGUUUCAUUUUAUUUAGAUUUUGUUGAUUCUAAAGUCAUUUCAAGAAUUUUGUCCAGUUGGUUACCUUUUUUCAUCAAUAUUUUUUAUAAAUCUUAUUCAUCUAUUUUCUUUACCAAAAAAUACACUGUUCAUCCACCACAAUCAUCCCAUCAGCUCAUCAUUCAUACUUCAAAAUUUCAUCACUUACUUUAUACAGUCAACAGCGGAUGCCUUGGCUCAUAGGAGAUUCAACACUUUGCUGUGCAACUGGCUAAAAUCACCAUAACCAUCAUAACUUGCACUCUAUUAUCAAAUGUUUAAGAUUGUAUAUUUUUUCCAUUUGGGUUUCAAAAUGUAAUUUAUUUGUUUGUUUUUUAAAGUAAAAAUAUUUUACCAAAUAA